AUGCUGCUAGAGUGGAUGAUGGACGGACACGCCAUUCUUUACACGGGGGUCACUUUGGCCUUCUGGAGCACCAUACUCGUUGUCGGCAUAUGCUAUACAAUAUUCGAUUUAGGAUUCCGCUUCGAUGUGGCAUGGUUCCUCACAGAAACGUCACCUUUCAUGUGGGCUAAUCUGGGUAUUGGUUUGGCCAUUUCGCUGUCUGUAGUAGGAGCCGCUUGGGGAAUCUACAUCACUGGAUCAAGCAUCAUUGGCGGCGGAGUCAAGGCCCCUCGCAUUAAAACCAAAAAUUUAGUUAGCAUAAUUUUCUGUGAAGCUGUUGCAAUCUAUGGCAUCAUUAUGGCUAUUGUCAUCAGUAACAUGGCUGAGAACUUCAGCGGAACAACUCCUGAGACAAUCGGAGCAAGGAAUUACCAAGCGGGGUACUCUAUGUUCGGCGCGGGACUGACAGUGGGCUUCUCCAAUCUCUUCUGCGGCAUCUGUGUUGGUAUCGUGGGGAGCGGGGCGGCGCUGGCCGACGCCCAGAACGCCAGCCUUUUCGUCAAGAUCCUUAUUGUGGAGAUUUUCGGCAGCGCAAUCGGCCUCUUCGGUGUCAUUGUGGCUAUCCUGCAGACGUCAAAAGUAAAGAUGGGUGACUAG